AUUGUUCAAAUUACACUGACAAUGGAGCAUAACGACUCGAAAAAAGGUCUGAUUGGUGGGCAGGGUGUUCAACAAAUGCACAUGUCAAUAAUUAAACCACAACCUGACCCUAACGAACCUCCGAUUGUUCAUAAUAAAAAUACAACUCCUAAAUCUGUCGAAAUCAAGGAUAAAAAAUCUUAUUCUGGCCCUGACAAAGACUCUGUCAUUGAUAUUGAUGAAGCUACAAAUGGAACGGAGAGUGAUACGGAAGACAGUAGUAAUACCAACGAACAUUUUGUUGUUACAAGACCAUUUGGGCAUAAUUUGGAGUGCGAUCCAACUAUUGAUGACAGAUUACCAGAGACAGUAACUUUAUUAACAACUCCAGAAGGUGGAAAAGUGUAUUUAGUAGGAACUGCUCAUUUCAGUGAAGAAAGCCAAAAUGAUGUGUCAAUGAUUAUUCAAGCUGUUCAACCACAUGUUGUCAUGGUUGAACUAUGUGAUGCUCGUGUUCAUAUUCUACAAUUAGAUGAACAAACUAUUCUAAAAGAAGUUGAAAGUUUAAACAUGCAAAAAAUAAAAGCUACAAUAAAACAAAACGGUGUGUUCAAUGGUUUAAUCUACGUUUUAUUACUUAAUAUGUCAGCUCAUAUGACUAAACAAUUAGGAAUGGCACCAGGUGGUGAAUUUCGGCGCGCUUUUACUGAGGCAAAGAAAAUACCUAAUUGCUUAGUCCAGCUUGGAGAUAGACCGAUAAAUAUAACGUUGAAACGUGCCCUAGCUUCAUUAUCAUGGUGGCAAACAUUAACACUGUUUUGGAAUUUAUUGAGAUCAAAAGAUCCAAUCAGCAAAGAAGACGUUGAACGGUGCAAACGCCGUGAUUUAUUAGAAGAACUUUUAGCAGAGAUGACUGCCGAGUAUCCGCCACUAGGUAAAGUGUUUGUCAACGAGCGAGAUAAAUACCUGGCUCACUCACUUCAACUGUCUGUUACAAAUUCAUACCAAUGCCAUCGGUGCCGUCAUUUCAAUCAUUCAAGUCAUCGGUUCAGGGACUUUUUAAGGGUAAAUAUUAUGGAGACUGGCACUGGCGUUGGAAAAAUGGAUGAGUACGAGCAUCCAAUUCUCAAUGUUAUGUAUGUAUCAAAUAAUAUUCCAGGCAAAGGAAUUGAUAUUGACGAAUUCGAAUCAGAAUUCACAGUAGGCUGUACGUGCAAAUCUGAAUGCACAGAAAACUGUUAUUGUAUGAAAGAAGAAGUCAAUUAUAUUAAUAAUCUAUUCAACGAAGAUAAAUCGUCCAAAUUAAUACUAGAGUGUAAUUCAAUGUGCUUAUGUUUAAAUAACUGUAAAAAUAGAUUAAUACAACAUGGACCGAUUGAUUGCUUAAAAAUAAUUCAUUCUGAAUUAAAAGGUCUAGGUCUGUCGACGUCGAAAGUUAUUGAAAAAAAUAAAUUUAUAUGCGAGUAUGCCGGCGAAAUUAUUGGGAUUGAUGAAGCUAAACGUAGAACUGAAGAUAAUAGGAUAAAUAAACAAAUGAAUUAUAUUUUAAUUGUUUCUGAGCAUAUUGGUAAUAAAAAAUUAACAACUUGUAUAGAUCCCAAAUAUUUUGGUAACAUUGGUCGCUAUUGCAAUCAUAGUUGCACACCAAACGCUAAAUUAAUUCCUGUACGCGUUAAUAAUUUAAUUCCUCAUCUUUGUUUAUUUGCCAUAAAAGAUAUUCAAGUCGAUGAAGAAAUAACAUUCAAUUAUUCUGGCGAUGUCGAUACGUCUAUUAAAAAUAUCAGUGAAACGCCAUGUUUGUGUAAAUCUAUUAUUGCGAGCGAUUACAAUUUACUGAAAGACAAACAUAUUUUUAAAGUACAACAUUAUUUUUAU